AAAGAAGGAGGAAAUGAGAAAACAUCCAAAGCAUCCAGAAAUCAGGGCCACCUUCCGAGAGGCAGGCUGAGUCAUCUAAGCCCAGAGAAGGGGAAGCCCAUUCAAGGGGAACCAGCUCAGACCUGAAAAGAUGAAUAUGAAUUUAGAUUCCAUCCAUCAGUUAAUAGAGGAAACACAAAUCUUCCAGAUGCAGCAGUCAUCAAUAAAACCACCUUGUGACAUGGUAGCACCCACUUCCCCCCCCAGGGACACUUGUCAUUCCUGCUUGCCACCUCAGGGGCUGCAAUCACAUGCCGCUCACAACUUCUGUGCACACUCUUGCAACACCAAUGAGUGGAGUAUUUGUGAAGAGCUUCGCCUGCGGGAACUUGAAGAAGUCAAGGCCAGAGCUGCCCAGAUGGAGAAGACCAUGCGGUGGUGGUCAGACUGCACUGCUAAUUGGAGAGAAAAGUGGAGCAAAGUUCGGGCUGAAAGGAAUAGUGCCAGGGAGGAGGGAAGACAGCUCAGAAUAAAAUUAGAAAUGACAAUGAAAGAAUUGAGUACAUUGAAAAAGAAACAAAGUUUGCCACAUCAAAAGGUGUUAGAAACUACCCAGGACCUGAAGCAUCCUAGUUUCGUAGAAGUGCCCUCUGCACGAGGAGACCAGUUUCAAAUUGGUUCACAAACAUGUAAGUCUAUCAGAGAGUGUCUGGUGAAAAGAGAAUUUCCUAAAGAGGACAACAUAGAUAGUAAGGAGGAAGGUUUGAUUCUUGACCAGUUAAGAUUGAAUGAAGAGAUGAAACUCAAUCUUAACUGUCCUGAUUCAUUCAAGAAUGGUGGUUCUGAAAACUGUACACUGAAAUCUGCAUUAAGACUGCAAGCAAUAAACCGGCCUCUGCAGAAUGAAGUGCCUGAAAUUUCAGCUUUGCAGGUGCACCUGGAUGAGUUCCAAAAAAUUUUAUGGAAAGAAAGAGAAAUGCGCUCAUCUUUGGAAAAAGAAAUAGAACGACUGGAGUCAGCUUUGUCUGUGUGGAAAUGGAAAUACGAAGAACUGAGAGAAUCAAAGCCAAACCGUCUGAAGGAGUAUGACAUUAUUCCUGGUCAGCAUGAGAAUAAAAUGGAAGAAAUAUCAGGAGAUAUAAAGGAAGAAUCAAAAUCUCAAAACAGCAAGGAUAGACUGAUCUCUGAGUUAAGAGCUGAGCUAGAAAGAUUGCAGGCUGAAAAUAUCUCAGAGUGGGACAAGAGGGAAAUACUUGAAACAGAAAAACAAGGACUGGAAAAAGAAAAUAGAAGGCUAAAGGCCCAGGUGAAAGAAAUGGAAGAGCUCCUGGAUGGGAAAAAUAGAUUCAGUGCAAACUCUCAAGGCCCUGAUUUCAAGACAUCGCAGAUCGAACCACAGGGACAAAAGAAGGCCCCUGGCUUGGUGAUGAAGCUCCCAGGACUGAUCUGAAGACUGCUGGUAAGCAAAGGGAGGAGGCGUGCUAGCAGAAGUCCAUGUGCUGUGGAAAGGGUGGGGAAGGCACAAAAAAGAAGUCAUGGGGUCUCCUAAAUUGACUUUUAAGUACUCCCCACAAACGAUCUGGUGGCUAUACUUUGUGUAGCUAAAGGAAUUGUCAUGUUAUGACCUUUAUUUGUUGCUUUAUCCUUAGGUCCUGUUGUUUGUCUAGUCCAAAUUUUUUGCAUUGAAAUUAAAGUACCUUUCUAUGUCGUUUUAGGGACUUUAUCUAUCAAUUCAGAUUAUUCUUGGUGUAUGCUAAUGAUAUAGCUUAGUUUCUUUAAUGAUUAAGCCUGUACCAAAUUGUUAUUUUGGAAGUUUUCUGUUAGUAUCUGCAGCAAAAUACUUGUUGAUUACUUAUUCAUCUAAGAAUGACGACAUUUUGCUCUGUACCUUUAUUUCUUUUUAUUCCAAACAUUGUACACUAUAAUCAGUGUUCACCUCACCAUAGAAAUAGAGUUAUUUUUAUUGGGAUACAAUCUGAAAAUAAAUCUCAUCUUCAAGUAGAAUAUGGACAGGAUGACACUUAUGUCAGACUAUGUCCCACCAUUUUAUUUGCUAUAUGCACACUAUAGAAUUCAUAUAUGGAGAUAUAUAUAAUACAUAUUACAUAUAUACCUAUUAUAUAUAUAUAUAUGUAAUAUAUAAAAAACAUCCCCCCAUUACACACACAGACAUGCAGAGCUACAUAUACAUAAGAAAAGUGUAACAAUGUAGUAGGCCAAAUAUUGAUAAAUCCAAGAUGAUAAAGACAAUUAAUUAGGAAGUUCCUAAGGCUUUUUAUUAGGAUAAUGAUCUGGUCAUCUGAGAUCAGAAGAUAUAAAAUUUACGCUUAAAUCCUUAUUUUAUCAAGGCAAAACAUAAAAGUAAAUGUGUUUGCAGAUUCAGCAUCAUUUUAUCUUAUUAGUGGUGGCUUUUGUUUGGGGGAACGCUAAUAUCUAUUCACCUGGGCUUCUACUUAACAUACAGUUUUUUCCUCUAGGAUCAACUCCACCCCAAAAUUUCAGGCCACAUCCUUUGGUCAAGGUUGGAUAGGUGAUUCAUGUUUAUCUAAUCAAAACAUUUAAGUUUUCCAGGCACACAUGCUAGAAUGGGCAGGUAAUCACACCAGAGACAAUUAAAUGUAAUGAUGUUUAGACUUCUUGAAGAGACACACUUUCUUGUUGUUAAAAAUUAAAGAUUGUAAAAAACAUUAUACUUUCACUGGGAGCUGCAUGAGAAGGAGUUGAGGCAUGGAGAGGAGCCUGACCAGGUGACAUAAUGAGCCUCUCUGGCUUAAGCCAUAGACUGGAUUAAGAUACCCCUGGGAAUUGCAAAUAAUGCUGCUAUAAACAGAGGGGUGCAUGUAUCCCUUUGAAUUAGUGUG